AAGCUCUCAGCAUCAUCUCUUUGUUUACAAAACAUACGCAGGCGCUACAUUGAUGUUUACCUUCGUUUUGGUACAAAUUUUGGGAUGCAGAGAGCAGAGAAUUUUAUAUCAGAUGAAUUCUCCGCCUUGCUAUUUCCGAUUUUUAGUACAUUAUUUUCGACUUCGAUAAUAUUCUUUCGGGCGUGGACCCUUUAGAACAUUUUGUGCAAAUCGUGAACUUUGUUAUCGAACGUUUACCAAUAAAAUGGAAACUAAUUUAAACAGAAGACGGCGUAAUUUUCGAAACCAUGUCUGAGUGUAUCAAUUAAACUGAAAAUAAAAGGAAUUAAAUUGGAAAAGCCUCAGCAAUAUUCGAAGGAAAGUGAUUGUCAAUGGAUUUAUUAUUAUUGGCUUGAUGGUUCAGCAAUAAUAGUUGGAAAAUUUUUACGUUUCGUUUCGAUUAUUUUUGGUCUUCCGUUUUUCUCAACGCUAAGUCGCAACUCGAUCUUCUUGUGGCGAAUUCCUUUGCCGAAUGUGGCGGGUUUCAACGAGAUUUUUUUCGUAUUAAAAUUGGAAUUGAAGUUUUGGUUAAUUCUGAAAAGAUUUGAUGAGAUGAAGAACGAACAAAAUUAACUAUGCCACGUAUGAACCUCGCGCCAAAUUAAUUAUUAUGAAAACGAAGGUUGUGUGACGACAUAUUCUACACGGCAAUAUACACGUUGAACCACUGUGAAAAACCAAAAACAAAAACUACAAAAUAACACAAUGAAGGACCUCACUCUACUACUUACAAUUCUAAUAUUUCUACCGCAAUCAUUACAACUACGUAAUCAAAGCAACGUUCGGGUUGGAAGCAAAAAGGAGCAUGUGGAAAAGGGAGCGUCCACGACCAAUAACAAUGAAAUUUUUAAUAUCGGCAUCAUAGCGCCACACACCAAUUUCGGGCGUAGAGAAUACCUGCGUGCUAUUAAUUCAGCCAUUGGAACGCUGCAAAAGACGCUAACAAAAGGAAACACGUCCAUGUUCACCACGACAAACACCAAAGUUCAUUUUGAUAUGAUGUCUUUGACACCAAGUCCUACAACUAUUCUGAAUGUUAUGUGCAAGGACUUUCUACAAGCCAAUGUAUCGGCCAUAGUCUAUCUCAUGAAUAACGAGAAGUACGGCCGGAGUACGGCUUCAGCGCAAUAUUUUCUACAAUUGGCUGGAUAUCUGGGGAUUCCAGUAAUAUCGUGGAAUGCUGACAAUUCUGGACUAGAACGGACGGCAUCGCAAUCGACAAUGCAAGUCCAAUUAGCACCCAGCAUUGAGCAUCAGUCAGCUGCGAUGUUGAGUAUUUUGGAGCGCUAUAAGUGGCACCAGUUUUCCAUUGUAACAUCUCAAAUAGCUGGACACGACGAUUUCAUACAAGCCGUACGAGAACGAGUGAACGAUGUGCAAGAACAAUUCAAGUUCACCAUACUGAAUUCGGUGAUUGUGACCAGAUCGAGUGACCUGAUGGAGUUGGUCAAUAGCGAGGCUAGAGUAAUGCUUCUUUAUUGCACGAAAGAGGAAGCCGUUGAUAUACUUGCAUCGGCAGAGGAACUCAAAAUUACAGGCGAAAACUAUGUCUGGGUGGUAACUCAAAGUGUGAUCGAAAAUGCGCAGGCACAUCCGAACUUUCCGAUCGGCAUGUUAGGCGUCCAUUUCGAUACAUCGAGUGGAUCGUUGAUCAACGAAAUAUCGACGGCGUUGAAAGUGUAUGCGAUGGGAGUGCAAAGCUUCCAAAAUGAACCGACCAAUGUCAAUCGCAGUCUGAACACACAGCAGUUGUCGUGCGAGGAGGAGGGCAAGUCCCGGUGGGAUAACGGUGAAAUAUUCUUCCGUCAUCUGCGGAAUGUAUCUCUUGAAGGCGAUGCUAACAAACCCAAUAUUGAGUUCACUGCUGAUGGAGACCUGAAAUCUACCGAACUGAAAAUAAUGAAUUUGAGGCCCAGUGUCAAUAGUAAAAAUAUUGUUUGGGAAGAGAUCGGUGUAUGGAAAUCGUGGGCCCCACAGAAGUUGGACAUUCGAGACAUAGUGUGGCCGGGAAAUUCGCACGCACCGCCUCAGGGAGUUCCGGAAAAAUUUCAUCUGAAAAUAACAUUUUUAGAGGAAGCACCGUACAUUAAUCUGUCGCCGGCCGAUCCAAUCAGCGGAAAGUGUUUGAUGGAUCGCGGUGUACUGUGUCGCGUGGCUGCCGACCACGACAUGACUGAACACGUCGACGACAGCAUCGAUAUGGGACAAGCGCACAGAAAUGGAUCCUUUUAUCAAUGUUGCAGUGGAUUUUGCAUCGAUCUACUCGAAAAAUUUGCUGAAGAAUUAGGCUUUACGUAUGAGCUCGUCAGAGUGGAGGACGGAAAAUGGGGAACACUUCAAAAUGGCAAAUGGAAUGGAUUGAUUGCGGAACUGGUUAAUCGUCGAACCGACAUGGUCCUGACGUCCCUGAUGAUCAAUGCGGAACGAGAGGCAGUCGUCGAUUUCAGUGAACCGUUUAUGGAAACUGGCAUUGCUAUUGUGGUCACGAAGCGAACGGGUAUCAUCUCACCGACAGCAUUCUUAGAGCCGUUUGACACGGCAUCGUGGAUGUUGGUUGGUAUCGUUGCGAUUCAGGCGGCCACAUUCAUGAUAUUCCUAUUCGAAUGGUUGUCACCGAGUGGCUUUGACAUGAAACUUUCUCUGCAAACAGCAUCUGUCGUUCCCUAUAGAUUCUCACUAUUCCGAACAUAUUGGUUGGUGUGGGCGGUGCUGUUCCAAGCAGCUGUACAUGUUGAUUCGCCAAGAGGAUUUACAGCGCGUUUCAUGACCAAUGUUUGGGCUAUGUUCGCGGUAGUGUUUCUGGCUAUAUACACUGCCAACUUAGCAGCCUUCAUGAUAACACGGGAAGAGUUCCAUGAAUUUACUGGACUCGAUGACCUUAGGCUAACCAAACCGUAUUCGCACAAGCCAACAUAUAAAUUUGGCACGAUCCCGUACAGUCACACAGACUCAACCAUCAUGAAGUACUUUAAGAGCAUGCAUUACUACAUGUCGUCGUUUAACAAAAGUAGUGUUGCUGAGGGCAUCCAAUCGGUAUUGAGUGGCGGCCUCGAUGCCUUCAUUUACGAUGGCACGGUAUUAGACUACCUUGUUGCUCAAGACGAGGACUGUCGACUAUUGACCGUUGGCAGUUGGUAUGCUAUGACGGGUUAUGGUCUCGCAUUUAGUCGAAAUUCCAAGUACGUGAACAUGUUCAACAAACGCCUCUUGGAAUUUCGAGCAAAUGGUGACCUAGAACGUCUACGCCGAUACUGGAUGACUGGAACGUGUCGACCCGGAAAACAAGAACAUAAAUCAUCCGAUCCACUAGCUCUGGAACAAUUCUUGUCAGCAUUCCUACUGCUAAUGGCCGGUAUACUACUCGCCGCUUUGCUACUUCUACUCGAGCACGUCUAUUUCAAGUACUUCCGCAAGCGCUUGGCCAAAUCGGAUCGUGGCGGUUGCUGUGCGUUAAUCAGCUUAUCGAUGGGAAAAUCAUUGACAUUCAGAGGUGCAGUAUACGAGGCGACCGAGAUAAUAAAGCAUCAUCGAUGCAGCGAUCCGAUCUGUGACACCCACCUGUGGAAAGUGAAACACGAAUUGGACAUGGCCCGGCUGCGUAUCAGACAAUUGGAAAAAACUAUGGAUAAUCAUGGCAUCAAACCGCCGCAGAUCAAAUUGGCUUCAGCAUCGGACCUGAUAAGCAAUCACUACAAGGAAAGACCUCCGCUUUUGGGCAAUUUAAGUAUUGGCGGAAGUGCACAAGAUCUGUACCGAUGGUCGUACAAAACAGAAAUCGCCGAAAUGGAAACGGUCUUGUAAGGAAAGGGAUUUGGAGAGGAAAGAAGAAAGAAUUGGAAAAGCUGCUGAUUUUACUCUGCUGCCGUUUUGUUUGUUCACUUGAAACACAUGGACACAUGGAAUUGUCGUCGCCUGCAACACAUCACUAAUUCAUAAAAUUAAUAUUAUUCGAAACAUUUUGUACUCAGUUCGAAGUAAGAGGCUGGCCUAAUAAUCGGAGUAUGUAAUUUGCCGAACGUAAUAGCAGGUUACAUUGGGUGCGGCGAAAGUAAUUCAUUACAUGAGGUAACAAUGUUGUGAUAAAAGCAAACUCUCAAGUGGAUUGUUUGAGCAACAAGCAUCGGUAACUGUCUUUUGGUAGACAGUUUAGAGUACACACAAAUGACCCGGAAUUAAUCCGGCAGGUAAUGGAUGAUUUUCGCAGGGGGUAAACUGCUAAGUAAUGGUCAACUUUCGGAACGGGCAGGUAAAAAAAGAUUUUACUUGUAGCACCCUGUGAAGAUGAAAUUUUUCGCAAGACCAACACCGUUGAAACUUGCGAUAAUUUUCAUUCUCGCAGGGAUUCGCAAGUAAAAUACCUUAUGUCCUUGUUUGGAUAUUGUUAUUUUGCCGCGAGAAAUUAUAGAAACCUACCUCUCGGCAAACUAAAAAUCUGCAAACAAGGACGUAAUGUACUGUAUUCCGAUAUGAUUUUCAAUCCAGUGUUGCCUAUAAUUUGUAAUGGCCUGCAACGUAAGGGAAAGUCCACAGUUAAAAACGGUGACACAGAAAUAUUAUUUUUAGACGAAAACGGUGAAAAGUUCUAUCCGGCAGCGUUUUUGGUUCUUUGAAAUUGGUUGAGAACUUUUUCGUUUAAUUUCAUAGUAAAUCUGAAACUAAAAUUUAAAACAAAAAAUUGUUGAUUGUUAGGCAAUGAUUACAAAAUUGAGUGAUUUUUGGUGCAGUGAAAUUUCAGCAUUAAUUUGCUUCAGCUGGGUUUCAACUGAUCCACACGAAACAAUCCGAACUGUUUCUACGUUUGAAGAUGCUACACGCACUUCCGUGGGAGUGGUAAAAGCGUAAACAAUUAAAUCCAUGAAAAUCGGUGAAAAUCUUUGAAAAUCCAACCAAAAACGGGUAAGAAAAUCCGCUUUAAAUUCUUAGAGGAUUUUCAUUUGGAAAACGAAAUUUACUUUCCGUCUCUGAAGAUAUUGCCCGAAAGCACGUGUAAUUACCUUUCUACUAAUGACACUCCACACGACCAUGUACGUUUCGUGUACCUCGAGGAAUUUCUGUAAGAAAAGUGUAAGGUUUCAGUCUUUUUUCGACUGAUAACGUCAACUGAAUAUAUCUCAAUGUGGAUGAAUUUUGAACCCAAUAAGACCGUAUUUGCCCAGAAGUAAAUGCUUCUUUUACCUUUCUAAUCCCCACACGACCCUGCAGUGCCUAUAUUUGCGAAAAUAUUUUCACGAAUUUUCUCAAAUUUUCGUGAGUUUUCC